UAAUGCCGAUUCACAAAGAGGAAGUCGGAAGCGCCAAUACUCAUCGCACAAUUACAACCAUAGACUGUAUUUAAAAAGCUGUGUGUUGUUGUUAACGUUACCAUGAGUCCAGUGUUUCCUCGGCUCGCACUGUAGCUUCUUAUUAACUCGCCGUCGCUACAGAGCCACGUUAGUCAACACUAGUGUUAGGAGCUUAGCGGCUAGCUGGCUGAUACAGUAGUAGAGCUAGCUUAGUUGCUAUCGCUAGCUCCUGGCUAACGUUUCUGAAAAGUCCGGUUAAGUUACCGAGAGUUGAGCGUUUCUAUCCAAAGCGUCGGAACCAUACAUGAAGCAUGGCGCUCAAGUCAGGAGAGGAGCGUCUGAAGGAGAUGGAGGCAGAGAUGGCUCUUUUCGAGCAGGAGGUUCUUGGUGGUCCAGUGUCAGGAAGCCCACCAGUUAUGGAGGCGAUACCUGUUGCUCUGGCCGUCCCAAUGGUUCCAAUUGUGCGACCCAUUAUAGGCACCAACACCUACAGACAGGUCCAGCAGACAUUAGAUGCCAGAGCUGCUAGUUUUGUUGGUCCUCCACCUCCUGUCUUCGUGGGACCAGUCCCUUCAGUACGUCCUCCUCCUCCUCCUCCUCCCAUGCUGAGACCAGCCUUCGUCCCACAUAUCUUGCAGAGGCCUGUUGGUCCGAGGAUGCAUAUGAUGCGUGGUCCUCCAAUAGCGCCUCCGAUGCCCCGGCCUCCUCCACCUCCUCCCAUGAUGCUCCCUCCUUCCCUGCAGGCCCAGACACCUCAGGGUCCUUCUCAGCCCAUCCAGCACAUGGCUGCCCCACCUCAGGUCGGUGAUAUGGUCUCGAUGGUGUCAGGCCCGAGCCCAAGACAUGGACCUCCGCCUGUAAAACCAACACAGUCGAUUAUCCAGGCGGCACCGACUGUAUACUCUGCUCCUCCUGCCCCAGUUGGACACAAAAGAAUUGACGUCAGAGCUCAGAGACAAGCCAGAAUGGAGGAGCUGGCAGCCCGGGUUGCAGAGCAGCAGGCUGCAGUGAGGGCAGCAGGUCUACUGGACAGGAAGGAGAGUGACGACAGCACAGUCAUUGGACCCAACAUGCCGGAGCCGGAGCCCUCCCACUCUGAGCCUGCGGAAAGUGCAACAGAGGACAAAAAGAAGGGGAAGUCAGAUAAAGUGAAGAAGUGUAUCCGUACCGCAGCGGGGACGAGCUGGGAGGACCCCAGUCUGUUGGAGUGGGAAUCAGAUGAUUUCCGUAUAUUCUGUGGUGACCUUGGUAACGAGGUCAAUGAUGACAUACUGGCCAGAGCCUUCAGCAGAUACCCUUCGUUCCUCAAAGCUAAGGUAUUGAGAGACAAACGCACAGGAAAAACCAAAGGCUACGGCUUCGUCAGCUUCAAAGAUCCAAACGAUUACGUCAGAGCCAUGAGGGAGAUGAACGGGAGGUAUGUUGGUAGUCGGCCCAUCAAACUGAGGAAGAGCAUGUGGAAGGACCGCAACAUUGAAGUGGUUCGCAAGAAACAGAAAGAUAAGAAGAAACUGGGCCUGAGAUAGUGUCUAUACCAGUAGGACUGUGUGUGUGUGUGUGUUGUGCUUUUAAGCGGACGGACACCAUUGUGUGAAAGAACAACUUAUUUUGAUUUUUUCAUGUUAAAUGUUUUUUGCUCAUCAAAUAAAAGCAUCAUUUCUAA